UGUGAAAGCAAAAGAGUAUUUGGACUGAAGUGAAAAAGGAGAUAAAACCCGUAACAAAAAAUCAAUCUUAAAGGCUGAAAACAAAAACCAGUGGCUGAGGUUGUUCUUGAAACAAAGAGAAAGAGUGGUUUCUUUUCUGUAAUGGUUAAAAAUGAGUUCAAUAUCACAAAGUGUUUUAAUGGCACUUACAGUUACAGUGAACAAGUUUGCUUCAUCAAAUGUUCAUGCAGUUCAAAGAAGAGAAACUAAAAGAUCUUCUGCAACUACAACACCGCCUUCUUCUGCCUUUGGAAGAAGAGGAAUCUUCUUCUCUACUUUGGUUGCUGCUUAUCCAGUAGCUACUGAUUCCAAAACUGAGCUUCUUAACAAAUAUUUGAAGAAAUCAGAGGAAAACAAGACCAAAAAUGAUAAAGAGAGAUUGGAUAGCUAUUACAAGCGGAACUACAAGGAUUACUUUGACUAUGUAGAAGGGUCAUUAAGAGGAAAGAAAGAGCAGGACCUAUCUGAAUCAGAGAAGAGUAUUCUUGACUGGCUAAAGAAUAACAAAUAGUACAACAAUAAAUACUUCAACUUCAGAAUUUUUGGUGGAUGUAAUUAAAUUGAAUUUUUAUCAGUGAUAAUGUGGUAAUUUUUUUUUUUU